AUGGGUGUAAGGUCUCUCGUCUCGUUCGGCUUUGUCCUCAUCCCGAUAGCGGUGACCAUCAGCGUGCUGCUGGGCAUACAAGCAUAUCGCGAGUCCAAAGGACUCCCCGCAAACCCUUUCGUGGACAACGCAAUCAAAUCCUCAUUAUAUUGUCAAAAGGCCUUCGGUGUCACUCCCUAUACAGAAGGCCAGCAAUACACAUUAAAUCCCAACCAAUGGGCCCUUCCUGACGACUAUACGGGGCCGGGAGGAUUGUGUAUGAAUGUAAGCAGAGCACCUGGAAAUAAUAAUGGUUCUUACCCGACCAAGACAACAGCGGCAGAGUGGUCGAUCACUUGGCAGUUUCCCCGUGGCCCGGAGACUCAGCCCGUUCACGCAUUCCCCAACAUCAAAAUGGAUUCGGAUGUCUUUCCAAUCGAGAUCUCGCAGGUCUCCGCCAUCAACUUCGAGACAGAAUGGUAUUAUGGGGUCGGCGAUGACAGGCCCGAGGCCAUGAAUGUCGCUGACCUGACUGCUGCUUCACUUGACGCCAACGUGGCCAUCGACAUGUUUUUGGAUUCAGAUCCCGAUAAAGCCACCGACACGGUGCAAGCCAAGUACGAGGUCAUGAUCUGGCUUGGCCAAUUUGGUGCCUCGACACAGCAAAUUGGUCUGCAGCAAGGAGCAAUUGCAACCCAGGUUGUCAAUGGAACCACUUUCUCCUUAUACUCCGGCCUCAACGGUAUUGGCCAAAGCGUUCUCACAUGGGUGGCCAGUAAUGCUGCAACCGGAGUGCAAGAUUUCAACGCGGAUAUAGGCCCGUUGCUCCAAGGUCUGACCGGCUUGGGAGGGCCUACUGUGAAUGACUACCUUGGCUACAUUGCGUUCGGCUCCGAGACACUCGAUUCGGGGUCCAAUGUCACCUUUUAUAAUAAGGCUCUCUCCAUGGCUGUGGUUCCUUCAUGA